UGUCUUUGACAGUGGCCACUUCGCGGAAACUCAAAAGAAAAGAAUCAGAAAUCAAAGAGUAUUUUAUAGCUUAUCGGCAAUGCCACUGAAACUGUUCAUCAGAUUUUGGCUACCGUUGUGGCUACUACAACAACAAUUUCGGUGUCUGCUAGCCCAGUCUCCGCAAUGUUUUCACUUCACCUGGUUGGGAUCCUUAGAGAAUCAUGCAAGCAUUGCAAAUGAGUCCUGUGAGUCUAGAGUAGGGGAUUUCAAUGAGAUACCCUGUGUAAGUCCCCUUGUGGUGACACCCAACGAUACGGUGCCCGAUGUUGAGGUCUUGUGGAACAAUAUGACAGAGAAUCGUGAACAAUAUCUAUGCCAAAUGGCACCGGGUUAUUCUUGUGUUAAAUAUUCUUACAUUUUCAAAGGCGGCAUACAAAACAUCACUUAUAUGUGUGCUCUAGUCAAUUCAUCGAAUGGUUGCUAUAAACAGACCUAUUCGACGGGCAUGCAAGUGGAGGCUUGUGUUUGCACUUCAAAAAUUGGUCUAAUACCCUGUAAUGGGUGUUCAGAUCGCAGUCAAGUGAAUCAGCUUAUUGGUUUUCUGGGUUUGGCAUUGUUUGUUUUCUGGUUAAAUAAAUAGUUAUGGUUAUUGUUUAA